AUGAAAUUAAGUACAAAACGGCGUAGCGGUAUCUUUAUUGCCGGGAUACGAAGCAAAUGUAUGUGCAUUGUGCUCGGUGGGAAGGGCGGUCCUAACGGGCUUGUCGAUUCCCAAAAAAAAGCUGUAACCUUUUUGGGGCUAAUUGUAGAGUGAAAUCUACUCAUUAAAGGGCAGGAUCGUGGUUUAUCAGCUGUUACCUGCGCGCAUUAGCAUUUCAAAUGGAAUUUGAAAGUUUGUUGUAACACUUUAGAGCACAGGCUCUUACUACGUGCCCAAUUUCAACCUCUAUGCGAUCCAGCGAAGCAAUCUAAUCCUCUAAUUUUCAGCCAAAAUUCUGCUAAAGGCAAGAACCUGUGAUUUGCCGCUAGCGGCACGGCAUACCCAACGUUUCCAUCCCUACUCCAGCCCGUCUCAGCUGAGCCGUCUGUUGAUCCGCAUGCGCGACGUGAUGAUGAAUAGCUGGGAGCACACCGACUACCUGAAGAGUCAGAACUCCGUGUCCAGCAAUGAGGACAGUGGACCCUCAUCGGCGAGUGGUGUCGGCUCGUCCUCACCGUCGACUUCUUCCCAAAUCAGCGACAUCACAACCAUGACUACACUUCCGUUGCCCGCUCUUUCGAAUGAGUUGGUGGCUAUGGGAUUGCUGAAAGAUGACGAAAGCGAGGUCUCCUUCACCAGAAGUCGGUAUCCAGCCGGACCGCCGACCAGUUGCCCGAUUUGCGGAGAUUCCGCGGUUCACCGACAUUUCGGCGGAGUUGUUAGUUGCAAUGGCUGGUAAGCACUUUUAUUCAAGAACCUGUACAGCUGCUUUUGAAUAACAGAGUUCGAGGAAAUGUUAUAAUGAAACAAGUUUUGUAGUCAGUUCGUUGCCCAGGCCGGUAAAGCUCAAUUCAAACGCAUUAGUUACUCUUUACUUGAUAUCAAGAGGAUUUUAUCUUCCUUAAUUCUUGUGUUGCUAAUAUAAUAGAUCAUUGAGAAAUACGCAUAAACCGUAAACUGUUUCUUCCGUUUUUUGGCCUCAAAACACUUGGUCCAAGAGGAUUUACAUUCCAAAUUGGAUCCCAAAUACGUCGGCUCGAUGACCAAAAAUAACACAUUUUUAAUCACCUAUUGCCAACUUGUAAUCCUCUUGAAAUAAUGCCACGAUAUUGUGAGAUAAUUUCCGUCUUUUUUCAGUGCCGCCUUUUUCCGCCGAACCAUCGUCGAAUGCAAGAGCUACAAAUGUCGCAAGGGAAACAAAUGCGAGCUAAAAAAGGGUAAAGACUGUUUAUAAAAAAAUAAGCAACUAGCCUCCUCGUGCCUCAGCGAUUUAUCGCUCUCUCUAUCGCCAACUUAACCCUAAUUUUUUCAGUCAAAGGCUCGUCCAUCUGUAAAUAUUGUCGUUUCCAAAAAUGCCUCGAGAUCGGCAUGAUUAUGAAGGCCGUGGAGCCGAAACGGAUCGAACGCUGUGUCGAGAACUUGAAUGGAAUUCUCGGCCGACUCCUGCGUUGUCGACAAGCCGCCUUCACCGAUCGCUACAAGAGCACAAUCGAUGUUUACGGCGGAAUCAAGAGCUAUAAGCCGAUGGCGAAUAGGCAAAAGGACGGAAUAAGUGCUUUGAUGGCCUCUAAAGCCGAAUUCUCCGUGUUGAGAGCCUUCUUCAGGAACAGCGACUUUACCAGACACCUACCUCAAGGCUAUGAUGUAAGUUUUGAGCGCAAUCGGGGCUAGUUUUUAGAACUUUUGGGAUAAAAAAAUAUAUUUUACAACCAUGAAUACCAAACAAAUCACAUUCUUGACAAACAGAAUUUGAUUACUCACCAAAAUCAUAGCAGUUUCAUAUAUCCUAACGUUUUCAAAAAUUAACCAAAAAUUUUCUUAUUCAAAUUUCUUCCGUUUCAGUUGCUCCUUUCGCAGCGCCAACUCCUCACCUGGAUCACCUGCGAAGCCGUGUAUUCGAAUAUCAAACAUCGCGGUUUCCACAUCGGGCGCUGUUAUUAUGUGGACGAGUCUUAUAUGGUUGUUGACACAGCCACCGUCAAAAAGUAUUUAGACAGUUAUCCCGGCCUCACACACACCGAAGCCCUCAUACCGUAAGUUGAGCGAACAUUCGGCGAUCGUCAAACAUUCGGAACGUUUUUAGUGCGGCCAAAAUGACAUCAGUCUUAUUUACGAUAUUUCUUGAGAUACCAAAGUGUAAUAGCGAUUAUUUUCAGAUACACCCUGCGUUUCUAUUCUGCUAUUGCCAAAGUGUCUGAGGUGAUGUAUAAUGCCCAUGUGGAUGAGGAGGAAGUCACCGCAUUGAGCGCUAUCAUAAUGUUAAAAGAAAGUAAGCACAAUCUUAUACCGUACUAGGCCUAACAACAAAAAAAUCGAGAAAAAUCUAGGAUUUCCCUUUUUUCUUCCCGAUUUACAGCUACUAUUUACUUUAAGUCACAGACGUUAACUCUGAUCUUUCAGUUUCUACCCUGGUCGGUCGAAACAAAGACAUUGACGAUCGUUUGAAUCAAAUUUUCCGGGCCCUGAAGGACCAUUACGACAACAACUACCACGAUGUCGCGAUUCGCAUGGGGAAUUUGAUUGGAUUCGUCGAUGUUAUGAUGGUAUGUUUGUUUUGGGAUCAAAUUUCAAUGGGAUUACCGGGUUUCUGGCUAUGUGAGAAGGUUCUGGUUUAUCAAUUACACUUUGAACUAUAACCUAAUGUCCUCAAUGCUCUUAAAAACCUAGAAAAUGGUGUUUAUGAAACAGGGAGAGCAAGGGUUUUCUGACAUGAAUUGAAGAAUUUUGCACGUAAACAAUAAAAAUCGAGCUACUUAUCCACCUGAGAUCUAGUAUUAUAAAAUUUUUCAUAAAAGGUCGCAAAGCCGACAGGAAUAAGUUAAGGAUCCAAUCUUCAUAGCCUUCAGACCUAGUAUUGUCUAAAAUUUUGGGUACACUCACGAAAAAACUCACAUUUCGGCCUUUUUUGCCCAGUACAAUAUAAUUUUUCCCUCCGUAAUCUCCCGCACCCUCCAAAUCCUUCAUUUUCAGAGCGAAGUUGCCGAAUGUCGUGACGAUUUGAUCAUGAUGAUGCGUUUGAAUGACCAAUCACAACAAGAUCCGCCAAAAGAUUCGACCGGCUACCAUGAAUUCCUGUAUCGGCAGUCCAUUCGUUCGCAGUACCGUUAA